UCAGAUGGGGAGGACCUCUCUCCCUCUGAACACGGGGGUUUCCUCUCCCUCUCCCUCUCUCUCUCCACCCAUCCAGAUGUAAAGUUUCUCAUUACUAAAUCGCGGUUAUCCUUCUGUGUGGCAUUCGGAUUGGCUUUCAAGGAAAGUUUUAAACUGUGGUGGGAGAUCAAGCGAGGCAAAAUGGGGAAAGUGAACGUUUGUUUGAAACGGACUUACUUAAUUGUGAUCAGUUUGAUCGCGAUCAUUGCUGUCCUGCUGUUGGGACUCACUCUGUUCAGUCAUGGACACUUCCACAGAGAGGAAGAGAUAGAGGAAGUGCUCACAGCACUGCACGUCAUGUACGCCGUUGCCGUUGUAAUUCUGGUCUUGACCAUCAUUGGUGGGUUUGGUGCCUAUAAAGAGAAGAAGUGGGCCCUGAUAGUGUUUACAGUUGGAAUGAUUAUGGGCAGCCUGUACAUGAUGGUGUCUAGUGUUGGUGGAUUGGCUUCUCACCAGCAAGUUGAAAAAGACAUGAGGAAGAACCUCCUGGCCAAGCUGCCGCUGAAUAAUCAGAGUGAGCAUGACCUCAUGGACGUACAGAGUGAAUUCCAGUGUUGUGGGCUGGAUCAGGGCUACCAGGAUUGGAACUAUUAUAUCCCAGAAUCCUGCCUGUGUCUUGAAGGCUCCACUAACCCAUGUGUGGCGGCACCAAGAAACAGCAGCCUGUUUGUGGACAGGGCGGGUGAAGAGAUUAUGAUUUAUUCUCAGCCGUGCCUUUCAUACAUCAUGGAAUACGCUAUGCAUAUCUUGAAUGCUGUGCUGGGCAUUUUGCUGGGAAUCACAUUAUUGUGGGUGUUGUCGGUUGUGUUGGCUAUCGUCAUCUUGUGUCGGCUGGAUCGGAAGCAGGAAACUCCCACAGUGGUUUACAGUCCGGAGGCAAAAGCAGGCAACUACGCCUGCCUCACAGAGGACUGCACCUGAUCUUUUGCUCUUUUUAAAUGCUUUGGCUGCAUGUCUGCAUAUUUAGCAAAGAUAAGAACAACUUUGAGAUCAAUGGGAUUAACACAGCAACAAAAAAAAUUGUAUUGGUGAUGCUUGUUUAUACAGUAUCCAACAAGUGAAGCUGCAUUAAAUGCAUGAGGUAACAUUU